AUGGCAGGGGAAGAGCACGGGGUGGACAAGCUAGUAUGGGACAUCUACGAAGAGGACUACGAACACGUCGGCGUCCUGUGGCUUCCAGUGAGCGAUAUUGCAGUUAACUUGACUAUCAUUGACUACCCAAAGACCCCUACCCAAAGACCCCUACCCAAAGAACCCCUACCCAAAGACCCCUACCCAAAGACCUCCUACCCAAAGACCCCCUACCCAAUGCCCUCCUACCCAAAGACCCCCUACCCAAAAACCCCUACCCAAAGAACCCCCACCCAAAGACCCCCACCCAAAGACCCCCUACCCAAAGACCCCUACCCAAAGACCCCCUACCCAAAGACCCCCUACCCAAAGACCCCCUACCCAAAGACCCCCUACCCAAAGACCUCCUACCCAAAGACCCCCCUACCCAAAGACCCCCUACCCAAAGACCUCCUACCCAAAGACCCCCUACCCAAAGACCUCCUACCCAAAGACCUCCUACCCAAAGACCUCCUACCCAAAGACCCCCUACCCAAAGACCUCCUACCCAAAGGCCUCCUACCCAAAGACCCCCUACCCAAAGACCCCCUACCCAAAGACCUCCUACCCAAAGACCUCCUACCCAAAGACCCCCUACCCAAAGACCCCCUACUCAAAGACCUCCUACCCAAAGACCUCCUACCCAAAGACCCCUACCCAAAGACCCCCUACCCAAAGACCCCCUACCAAAGACCCCCUACCCAAAGACCCCCUACCCAAAGACCCCUACCCAAAGACCCCCUACCCAAAGACCCCCUACCCAAAGACCUCCUACCCAAAGACAUCCUACCCAAAGACCCCCUACCCAAAGACCCCGCUACCCAAAGACCUCCUACCCAAAGACCUCCUACCCAAAGACCAGCCUACCCAAAGACCCCCCACCCAAAGACCCCCUACCCAAAGACCCCCUACCCAAAGACCCCCUACCCAAAGACCUCCUACCCAAAGACCCCUACCCAAUCACCUCCUACCCAAAGACCCCCUACCCAAAGACCCCGCUACCCAAAGACCUCCUACCCAAAGACCUCCUACCCAAAGACCCCCUACCCAAAGACCCCCUACCCAAAGACCCCCUACCCAAAGACCCCUACCCAAAGACCCCCUACCCAAAGACCCCCACCCAAAGACCCCCUUUUUUUAAAUU